AUGACUCGACUUGAACGGCUACCCCAAGUGGCUAAAGUCAUGAAGGAAUACAACAUUCACAUUCUUGGAUUGAGUGAGACGAGAUGGAACGGUUUUGGAGAAACGCAAUGUGAUUUUGGAUACUCGUUAUUGUACAGUGGUAAGGAAGAGGAUGCGACCCGAGAGUAUGGCGUGGGUUUGCUGCUAAGCCGCAGCGCUAAAAGUAGCUUACUCUCUUGGAAGCCAGUCUCGGAACGAAUAAUAUGCGCCAGAUUUUCGACACGAGUACGGAAGGUGACGGUGAUACAAUGCUACGCUCCCACUAACUCUGCUUCGACCGAUGUAAAGUCACAAUUCUACGAACAGCUGGGGCAUACACUCAAAGGCAUCAAGAAACAAGAUAUCGUGAUUCUCAUGGGCGACAUAAAUGCGAAGAUGGGAAAUGACAAUGUAGACCGCGAAUAUUACAUGGGACAAUAUGGGGCAACCGGAACUAUUAACGAAAACGGAGAACUUUUCGGUGAUCAUGGUCUAGUUAUUGGAGGUACCCUAUUUAAGCAUAAGGAAUGUCAUAAAGUUACUUGGAUAUCACCGGACGGAAAGACAAAGAACCAAAUCGAUCACGUAGCUAUCAGUAAGACAUGGCGCUCUUCUCUUCUUGAUGUGCGAAAUAAGCGUGGCGCAGACAUUGACAGUGAUCACCAUCUGGUGGUAGCGGAAGUUCGUCUUAAAAUAGCAGUUCCCCACAGAAAGCCAGAUAAAGCAGCUAGAAAAUUUAAUAUCCGAAAACUGGAAGAUAGCAAUUGCCGAGAGAAGUUCGGCUUAUCUCUCAAAAAUAGUUUCGAGCUGCUUAAGGAAAUAGAGGAUGAGCAGAUGGACGAGACGUGGGACCGCAUACGUGGUGCUUAUAAUAAAGCUGCUAAGGAAGUAUUGGGGUAUACCAAUACAAAGCAAGAACCUUGGAUGUCAGCAGAGCUUUGGGCAGCCAUUGAGAAGAGGCAACUUUUGAACACUCCGAUUUUAGGCUCCCCUUCAGAUGCUAUGUUGCACGGAAUAUCAGUACCCGACUUGCCUUUGGAUAUACCUAUUGCACCGCCCACCUUUAAUGAAAUAGUAAAGGCAAUUAAACAGCUGAAACCAGGUAAGGCCCCCGGUAUUGACAAUAUCAAUGCCGAAAUGCUGAAGGCUGAUGCACCGAGAUCUGCAAGCUUGCUAUAUCCGCUCAUCGUAAGGAUUUGGGAGACUGAGCAAAUACCGUCUCAAUGGAAGCAGAGACUACUCGUGAAAGUUCCGAAGAAGGGCGAUUUGUCUUCUUGUGACAACUGGAGUGGCAUUACACUUCUUCCUUGCGCAGCAAAGGUCUUGGCUAGAUUACUUCUAAACCGGAUGUCCAAAAAGAUCACUGGAACUCUUCGGGAGGAGCAAGCAGGUUUCUUACCGGGCCGAUCAUGCACAGACCAUACAAACACUCUUCGCAUCCUCAUAGAACAAAGUGUUGAAUGGCAGACUGAAAUGAUUCUUACGUUUGUAGACUUUGAGAAAGCGUUUGACACUGUACAGUGGAGCAAAAUGUGGGCCUGCUUAAAACAAAGAGGUAUACCAAAUAAAAUCAUUGGUAUAAUCCAGGCCUUAUACAGAGGUAGUACAUGUAGAGUCGUGCAUGACCAAGUCCUGGGAGCCCCUAUUGAGAUGACAGCGGGUGUUAAGCAGGGCUGUCUCCUGUCUCCGUUACUAUUCAUUAUGUUACUGGAUGACAUAAUGCGGGAAGUGGUGACGACACCUCGGGGCAUUGAAUGGAGCGAAAAUAUCUUGGAAGACCUUCACUAUGCAGAUGACAUAGUGUUGAUGACGCCGACUUUGGAUCAAAUGCAAGCAAAACUUGAAGACCUCCGUAUAUCUGCGGAGAAAAGAGGCUUGCGUAUCAAUACCAACAAAACUGUCGACAUGCGAGUAAUGUCAAAAAACACUACUCCCCUAAAGCUCCAAGACUGUGUGUUGAAGUCAGCACAGAAGUUUACAUAUCUGGGGAGUUCCAUAUCAAAUCAGGGUGGUUCGGACGAAGAUAUAGAGAUACGAAUUAGGAAAGCCAGGGGUGCUUUCGCGCAGUUGAAACCAGUCUGGGAGUCAAGUGUCAUGACUCGUCGGAUCAAGCUGACCCUGUUCGACUCCAUUGUCAAGAGUGUUCUCCUGUUCGGAUGUGAGACCUGGAGAGUGACCAAGACACUCACGAACCGACUGCAGGAAGAGAACCAAUCCAACGCCCCUUUUGAGACGUUGAGAUGGGAGAGGAUGGAAAGAAGGAUAUCGGACAAACGGUGUUAA